AUGGAUGAAAUUUAUAAGACUGCUUCCACAGAAAGGAUCCAGGUGUUGGAAAAAGAACUGGCUAUGCAAUUGACUGAACUUAAGUCUGAGAUAGAAGAACAACGGACUCUCCAGGGGUCAGCUCAUCAAACUUACAGCUCUGUUCGAAUGCCAAAGGACAUCUCUUACUUUAGAAGAGAAAGGGAACUGGCCCUAAAGAAAACUUUACAGGUGGCCGAGUCAAAGUCCCUUGUUAUUCAACCAGAUGUCAUGCAGAGGGAGCUAGAGAGCUGCCUAAAGAGAGAGUACACUCCUGAAAAUUUACCUUUGCUUCUGUUGCAGCAUUAUACAGAGAGAAUUACCCAGCUGGCCCAGAGUAAAUAUUUACACAUGCUUAGAUGGAAGAGAUUUUGCCAUCACAGUAAGAUCAUGGAGCAACUUUAUCCUUUUUACAAGAAACAAGUUGUCUACAUUAUGCAGGAAUACAAUGAUGCUCUUCAGAGAGCUGAUCGAUUGUCUGUUGCCCGAGAAAACUUCCUUAUGGGAAAAAAGAAUCCUCCUAACUUAGUGACACAGGAAGACCUGACUAUUUACACAAAUUGGUUAGUGUGUCACCUACACUCGCUCAAGAUUAUUCACCACUAUGUGCAGGCCCUCCAAUAUUUACCCAUCUCCAAAGCUCUGAGUGUAGCUGUUGAUGAAGUCCCUGAGGUUGGUCAGGAAAAUGAAAAGGUUCCUGUUGAUGACACUGACCCUGACAUCCAGGGUUCUGCAUCUCCAGACUCUAUGAAUACCAGUGUUUCAGGGCCAAUGAGAACAGAAACUGCUUUCGUUCUGCCCCAACACACAACAGAAACAGAAGAACUGAAACCUCAGCUGAGGCUGCUGCUCUCCCAUUUCAAUAUCUCAUAUGACGUGGAAGAGCUGAGGGAUGCUUCUAAGGAGACAGAACUUUUUGCCUUGGUUUCCCAAAAAUUUCAAAGCAUCUUCAUGGAGCAACAGAGAAUGCAAACGUUUCCAGACUAUAAUGCUGGGAUAGCUAAAGUGGAAAAUUUGGAUUUGACAGGACCUGGUAGGGCCUUGAAAAAGAGAGCCAACUGGACUUCCUUUAUAAAGAUUAAGCCAAAAUGUGAUCCUUGGCAAAAGAAGCUUUUGACCAAGCUAAAAGAACGGAGAAGAAUAGAUGUAUUAAUGCAACUCCAAGCAAAGUUUCUGAAGAUUUCCAACCCUGAGCGAGUGAUGCAAGUGCUCCAGGAUCAUGCUACGAAGAUGGUCUUGCUGGCUUCGUCUCAUCCAACAUGUGUGACUUCCCAGGGCAACUAUGACCAAAUCUGGGAGACUAUUUAUAGCAACAUCAACCUCUACCAGAAUGAAAACACUAAGGAAGAUGACCUUUCAGUGCAACAAGAUGAAAAUGACCCAGCACCACUAAAUCUUAGCCAGUGUGCUAAUAAGCCUGUGGAGCAGAAGAAAGAGACAAGGUACAGUUAUACAGUGGCCCUAGAGCUGCUGGGCUUGGAUGACAGGACUGGGCCCAGUGACAGGGAUCCUGUCCUGUUGAGCGGGACCUACUUGUCCUUUCUGUAUCUGCGUCACCUGAGGAUCCGGGAGCUGCAGCGCAUCUGCUUAGGAAUUCUGAACUAUUUUAGAUCCGUUGAGCGAACGCUGACGAUCAACACUUCAGGCCUUACCUUGGUUUCAGGGAGCCUGGUGCCUACCUCAGAAGACAGUUCCUGGGUAAAUAAAGCAAAAGGAGGCAUGGGCACCUCGCAAGGCCUAGGCACUCACCACUAUGCCCACGGGACACCUGCCGAGCACAGGGUCCAGAGCAUCCAAUUCAUGGAGUUCUCAGAAGUGGAGAACCAGGAUGAUUACUACAGCAUGGAUGCUGGUUACAUCCACACCCAGGACCAGCAAGGAGUGUAUGUCAUGUAUGAUGAAGCCUUGAGUGAUAUGAAGGACCUAGAGACAGAACUGCUGCUUGUGGCCAGCCAUUACAUUGAGAGAGAAAAAGGUCACAAAGAGGGCAGCAAGUCACAUAUUGACCAGGACUGGGGAUGGACCCAUGCAGGUGUGGACAGAUUUGCUGUGCUGUAUGACAUGUGGACUUGGGAAGCAGCUCUUCUAGAAAGCAAGCGCCAGCUUCUUGACAGUUACUUUGAAGCCUACCAGCAUGCAUUGGACCCAGAGGAGAGGUUUGCCUUAGCACAAGUGAUCACAGACAUCAUGCACAGGUGCCCAAGGUUUGACUUCAGUCAUCCUUACUUCAUUAAGGCCUACCGAGAGGAAUGCACCUGCCUGAGGCUUCACCUGCAGCUAGUGAGGGGCAUCCUCAACCAGCAUAUAGAGUGUCAGCGUGAGUAUGUCCAGAGGCUUUGGCAAAAAGGCCAUCCAGAUGCUAGCAAUACAUUUGGACUUCCCCUUAACAUCAUUUGCAAACAACUCAUUUCCAUCAACAAUAGCUGCUCAGCUUUGAAAAACAUUUAUCUGCUGGAGUUCCACCCUUCCUUGGGCCUGGCUUCCUGUAUCCCCAGGGCCCUCGAGCACCUCCUCAGGGAGGCCCGCCACACUUGCAGGCCCACAUCAGCCAUUGCCUUCACCUUGCUGGAGAGACGUGUGCUGCAGCUGGCCCUGGAUGUGUGGCUCACCCCAGCCAAGCCCGAGUCCUGGUACAGUGCACAGCUCCAGAAAGAUCUAUUUUCAACUAAAGUGAUGGGUGAUCCCUUUCUUGUGGGGGAGACAGGCCUGCUUGCACUCAAAUCUGCAGCAGACCAAGGACAGAACCAAGGCCAAGAUUCCCAAAUGCUGCUCCUGGAGAUGUUUUCCAAACUUUUGGAACUCUUGACCCUCCGGCAUAGGCUGAUAGAAAUGAGUCUGGAGAGUGUACACUUGGCACGUCUCUAUAAGGAUUUGGCGUGCGAGAUGGGUUUUGAAGAGUUCCAUUUGUAUCUGAGGCCUGUUCACUUUGAAUCUGCAUCACACAAGGACAAGGUGGUCCAUCCACCUCCUGUCUUUAUAACCUCUCUGCUGGGGGGCAGUGACUGCGUAGACAGAUAUUCUCCUGCUACUCUUGUCUUAGCUAUCUCUGAAGUGGAUGAUAACCAAAUUGGCAAAUUUAGUUUUUAUACAAAGGAAGCCAUUCUUAAGCUCUUGUGCCAUUCAGGAGUGGAAAACAUGCAAGUGACCCUGGCAUGCCAGGCUACUCAGAAGAAUGCUUUAAUGGUGGCUGUUCAGCAGGCAUCCUGCUGUCACACUCCCUGUGGGAGCUGUCCCGCUGAUGUCAAGGAAAUAAGUUCUGAUCUGAGAAAUCAUAAUGGAGUGGGUCCAACCAGAAGAAGAAAUUCCAGAAUUGUGAAUGGCAUAGAAGGCAUGCUGUUAGCCCCAAUUCCAAAAGUCCCAGAUGCCCUUACUCAUCCUUCAAAAAGAUUCCAGGCUUCCAAAAGGGCUCCGGAAGCUUUCGUGUCUAUUCAACUAGAAAAGGUGGGGCUGCGGGACAUGAUGCUGAAUGCCUUCCUCCUCAGGAAACAAGCCAUGGCUGACAGAAUGAAAAACCUUGAUGAAAUUGGGAAAGUCAAAAGAGAUGUUAUAGUUGAAUAUUGCCAGAAGUUCAACCAACAUAUGUCUCACUAUGCUCUUCGGGGGCAGAUCAUAGCAUACUGCAACAGCCUGAGAGCCCUACUGGACGAUUUCCCUACCAUCAGAGAUACUUUUUUCAUGGUGGGACAACGACAAGAAAAGAAGGGGUUGAGGGACUCCGAUGAUGGCCUCAAGAAUGACCCUAGGAGUUUUCAGCCCCGGCCACGGCGUUUGCUGUCUGCUGAUGGGAAAGUCUUCCUCAACUUAUGGUUCAUACCCCAUCCUUCUGAAGUGCUGGUUAUGUUCAAAACUCUGCCAGAAAAGGCAGCUUUUAGAGCCUUAAAGCUAACUCUACAGCUGAUAGCCCCUCUUCAUGACAUUGUGGCCUACCUUUUCAGUUUUGCUAAACUUGGAAAUUGUCCAGCAUGUUUUGAAUUUCCUCUGAGUCCUAACCCUCUGAGAGGUGACUGGGGAGGAACUGAGGGUAUUGGAUCUGAACUUCAAGAGCUGCAGAAAAUGAUUGACAGCCUCCAGAGCCCCCAAGAUCCCACUCUGGUAUCUCAGGUCCUUCUGCUCCAAAGGGAGGUUAUGUUUCUUCAGUUUGAUGCUGCAGUGAGGUACCUCAUCCGACAAACGUUUUUGGCAGCUGGAAAUGCUUCUGCCUACCAGUCUGUCACAGACGGCAUGUACCAUGGGUUGCCACCACUGAGCAACUCUCCAAUGAAGAGCAUUUUUGCUUCGCAGCUCAGCCUACCACAACCACUGGAUCCACAGAGCCUCCAGUCAUUUGUGCUGUUCCCUUGGAGAGCAUUUCUGGAAGAUGGAGGACCAUUUCCAGUUACAAGUAGCAGCCCAGAUACCCUAGAAUAUCACAUGCAGCUAUGCCUCUGUGGACUGAGUGGCCAUGACCUCAAGGUGGCUCAUGGAGAGCUGGCAGGCAUGCAACUGCUAAUGGAAGAUGUUCUUCUGAGUAACUAUCAUAUGAUCAUGGAGGGUCUCCCAGGACAGCAAGCCACACCAGACAAAAAUACACAGCCAGAUUCGUCCCGAGUGCCAGGACUCAGAAGUCAGUUCCAAAGCAGCCCAAAGGCCUCCAGGCUGCUGGGGGGCCCAUGUGAUGCCGUGAUGGCCCUUGCUCUGCUGAGAUCAUUUCUGGUGCUGUGGAAGCAACUGGAAGUGCUAAAGGAGCACUGGGGCCGACUCAAGCUCCAAGUCCAGGACGUCAACUCUCCCUGCCUCUACAAGCAGUUCUCGGAGCUCUACGGAACUGAUAUUCUCUACCCCAGCAUGAAAGCUAUAGCUAGGCAGAUGGGGAAAGAAGAUGAAUUUGAAGAAAUUUUAAUAACUAGUCAGUGUAUUCUUCCCCCCAAAGGAGCUUCAGAAAUCGAAAUAAAAACUCAACAGCUCCAGAAACUUCUGGAAAAUCUCGAAAUUCAUAUGAUCCAGGAGGUAAUAAGGAAAGUUAACAAAGAGAUAACACUGGUUGUAUCAGAAAAGUCCAAGGAGCAGCAUACUCUCCCUACAGAUCUUUGGAAACACCAAGUCAUGGAAGAAAACUUUUCAAUUAUCAGGCCGCAAAUAGUUGAAAAUUUUGUACAGAGAUUAUUGGAGAACUACCAGGAUGGUGGAUUAGAGGUCACGUUCAGGAAAGACCACCUUGAGGCCUGCCUCCUUUCCCUGGGUUGUGAUGUGAUGGCCAGAGAACGCAGCAACUUCGAGAGCUACUCCAUGUGUUACGAGCAUAUAUUGGAGCAUGUUAGACAGAAGCUCUGCCAGAAGGAGCAAGAAUUAGACAUUAUACGAAGAGGUCAAAGUCCACCUGAAGACAAGGCUGGUCAGGUUGCAGAACUCAGUCAUAAUAUGAUCAUGGAAAUCACUGUCCUGAGAGCCCGACUCACGGAUUUGGAGGAGGAGAAUCUAAAUCUCAAAAAGCAAAUUAGAAAAGAGGUCCAAGAAGAAUAUGAAGCGUUAGUCCAAGCUUUGUUUGUGACAUGUUUGCACAUCAAAGAGAAGUUGGAUGAGAAUCAGCUUAAUUUGAUCCAGAAAGUGUGUGAGCUCAUCGGCGAAGUAAGAACAGAAGGGAUUGACAACAUGAGAAACCUAAAGAAGAAGUGGGGCUCUGCCAGGCCUGACGAAGAAAUGAAAGAAAAUCCAGCCAAACAGGAGCAGCUGCAGGCCUUGGAGCAGGACAACUGCGGCCUGGCCGCCCUGGUGCGCAAGCUGAGGAGCCUGGGCCAUUGGAGGCUGGUGGUGCAGCAGGCACACUUCCGGGGCCAGCUGAGCAGGGCUGAGAAGGAAGCUGUGCAAACUAAAAAAGAGUGUUUGAACAUCAAGCUAAUGGCCGAACAAGAGGUAGUUUUAUUUCGUCAGCAGCUAUUGGCUCUAAGGCAGGCCCUGGCUAGGGCUCAGGCGGACAAUGUGAAGAUGUGCAGGCAGCAGGAGAAUCAGGCACAAUUGCUGAAAGAGUUAGAAAAUAGAGUGACCCAGGAAGCUCUCCACAGGCAGCAGCUGGAUUUAAUGAAAGCCUCCAGCAUGGAGAAGCUCUUAAAGGAUGUGGAGCAAAAGGAACAGCACCUGCAGCUCGUUACUGAAGAUGCCAAGAGGGCUUUUAAACUGGGCCAGCUGCAGCAGAAGAAAAUUCAGAGAGAACUCCGACAGGUGAGAAGCCGGCUUGCCCAUGAGCGUAGUGUGAAGCUGGAUGCUUUCCAGUGGGUAGAAGAGCUACAAAGUCAGCUUAAUGAUGUUGAGCAAUCCUCCACCCAAAGGAACUCACCUGGAGGCCUUAUAUCCCAAGCUCACUACUCCCUAAGUUCUGCUUCCACAUCAUCCAGAUACACCCAGCAACACCUUUUAAAGACUCAACUCAUGGGCAGCAAAAUAACAAGGAUUCAAAGGCCAAAGACUGUACCUAUAAAACACAAAAAAGGAACUGACCGUGUCUUCCUACCCAAUGUGGCAGAUACUGUUCAACUUUCAGCUUUUCAAGUUUAA